AGCGUGCGGGGGAUCGCGGGGCUGGGGGACGUGGCCGAGGUGCGCAAGAGCUUCAACCGGCACCUCCACUUCACCCUCGUCAAGGACCGCAAUGUCGCCACCCCUCGGGACUACUACUUCGCGCUGGCCCACACGGUGCGCGACCACCUGGUGGGGCGCUGGAUCCGCACCCAGCAGCACUACUACGAGCGGGACCCCAAGCGCAUUUACUACCUGUCCCUGGAGUUCUACAUGGGCCGCACUCUGCAGAACACCAUGGUGAACCUGGGCCUGCAGAACGCUUGUGAUGAAGCCAUUUACCAGCUGGGUUUGGACUUGGAGGAGCUGGAAGAAAUUGAAGAAGAUGCUGGGCUGGGAAAUGGAGGCCUGGGCCGCCUGGCAGCUUGUUUCCUGGACUCCAUGGCCACGCUGGGGCUGGCGGCAUACGGAUAUGGCAUCCGCUACGAGUUCGGUAUCUUCAACCAGAAGAUUGUCGACGGCUGGCAGGUGGAGGAGGCUGAUGACUGGCUGCGCUAUGGCAACCCCUGGGAGAAGGCACGCCCAGAGUACAUGCUCCCUGUGCACUUCUAUGGCCGAGUGGAUCACACCCCCGAGGGUGUGAAGUGGGUCGACACCCAGGUUGUCCUUGCUAUGCCCUACGACACGCCAGUGCCAGGGUAUAAGAACAACACUGUGAACACCAUGAGGCUGUGGUCUGCAAAAGCACCCAAUGACUUCAAUCUCCAAGAGUUUAACGUGGGUGACUACAUUGAGGCGGUGCUGGACAGAAACCUGGCAGAGAACAUAUCCAGAGUCCUGUACCCAAAUGACAAUUUCUUUGAAGGCAAGGAGCUGCGGCUGAAACAGGAGUACUUUGUGGUGGCUGCCACCCUCCAGGACAUCAUCCGGCGCUUUAAGUCCUCCAAAUUUGGCUGCAGAGAUCCUGUGAGAACAUGCUUUGAAACCUUUCCAGACAAGGUGGCUAUUCAGCUAAAUGACACCCACCCUGCCCUGUCCAUCCCAGAGCUCAUGCGGAUCCUGGUGGAUGUGGAGAAAGUGGACUGGGACAAGGCCUGGGAGAUCACAAAGCGGACCUGUGCCUACACCAACCACACGGUGCUGCCCGAAGCCCUGGAGCGCUGGCCAGUCUCCAUGUUUGAGAAGUUGCUCCCACGUCACCUGGAGAUCAUCUACGCCCUCAACCAAAUGCAUCUGGACCGGGUGGCAGCUCUCUACCCAGGGGACAUUGACCGUCUCCGGAGGAUGUCGGUGAUUGAAGAAGGAGACUGCAAGCGUAUUAACAUGGCACACCUCUGUGUGAUCGGCUCCCAUGCAGUCAACGGCGUGGCCCGUAUCCACUCGGACAUUGUCAAGAACUCAGUGUUCAAGGAUUUCUAUGAGCUGGAGCCGGAGAAGUUUCAGAACAAGACAAACGGGAUCACGCCGAGGCGCUGGCUCCUGCUGUGCAACCCGGGACUGGCUGAUGUUAUUGCUGAGAAAAUUGGGGAAGACUUUAUCACAGAUCUGAGCCAGCUGAAGAAGCUACUGGAUUUCAUCAACAACGAGACUUUCAUCAGGGAUGUGGCAAAAGUCAAGCAGGAGAACAAGCUCAAGUUUGCUGCCUACUUGGAGGAGCAGUACAAGGUCAAGAUCAACCCUUCGUCCAUGUUCGACGUUCAGGUCAAGCGAAUCCAUGAGUACAAGCGGCAGCUGCUGAACUGCCUGCAUGCCAUCACCCUUUACAACCGCAUCAGAAGCGAUCCAUCCAAAUCCUUUGUGCCCAGGACUAUUAUGAUCGGAGGAAAGGCAGCCCCUGGCUACCACAUGGCCAAGAUGAUCAUCAAACUCAUCACAUCCGUCGGCGAGGUCAUCAACAAUGAUCCCUAUGUGGGGGACAAGCUAAAGGUCAUCUUCCUGGAGAACUACCGGGUAUCCUUGGCCGAGAAGGUGAUCCCGGCAGCAGAUCUCUCCCAGCAGAUCUCCACAGCUGGCACAGAGGCCUCGGGUACUGGCAACAUGAAGUUCAUGGUGAACGGGGCCCUCACUAUUGGUACUAUGGAUGGGGCCAACGUGGAGAUGGCCGAGGAGGCAGGCGAAGACAACCUCUUCAUCUUUGGCAUGCGAGUGGAGGAUGUGGAGGCUCUGGAUCGGAAAGGGUACAACGCACAGGAAUACUACGAGCGGCUGCCAGAGCUGCGCCAGGCUGUGGACCAGAUCAGGAGUGGGUUUUUCUCGCCUCGAGAUCCCAGUUGCUUCAAGGAUGUUGUGAACAUGCUCAUGUACCAUGACAGGUUCAAGGUGUUUGCUGACUACGAGGCCUACAUUAAAUGCCAAGGCCAAGUGGACAAGCUGUUCAUGGACCCCCGGGAGUGGACUAAGAAAGUCAUCAGGAACAUUGCAUGCUCGGGCAAGUUCUCCAGUGACAGGACCAUCACGGAGUACGCCCGGGAGAUCUGGGGGGUGGAGCCGUCUGCCACAAAGAUCCCCCCACCCAACCUCCCAAAGGAUUGAUGCAGGGGGCAGGAGGGAGAGACGGGCUCCCAGCCCAGGCGGCCUCACCUGUACUUCACUGCCCGUCCAACGGGCUCAGCUCUGCAGGGAUGAGGCCUUUUGCUCAGGGGGUAGAAGGAUGCUCUGAGGAG